AUAGAUAUGUUGAUACUCUUCGUGAGAAAAUAUGAAUGGCUUGUCGACUAUCGAAGCACUUGGAUCACCAUCUUUGUCAACUACUAUAUAUUGUGCAUGUGCUCGAGUCAUCGACCUUCUGUGUAGCACUCUCUAAAACUUUCUAUGAGUAUACGAUUCUAAUAUUUUAUAUUCAUUCAUUCGUUCAUGAUAUCAUAUAAUAUAAUAAAAAUAUAUAGGGGAUAGAUAGAUAAGACUAAAGAGAAGACAAAUAUAUAGUACUAUUAUUACUAGGUAGAAGCAUUGACUAAUUUCCAGUAGAAAAAAACACAUCAAGGUUAGUCCUCUGUAAUGGAAACAACAAAAGUAAUUGAAGAAGAUGUUGUGAUUGUUGGAGCUGGAAUUGCUGGUCUUUGUACAGCCUUAGGACUUCACAGGUUGGGUGUAAGAAGUUUGGUAUUGGAAUGUUCAGAUAGUUUGAGAGUAACUGGAUUUGGUUUAGCAAUAUGGGAAAAUGCUUGGAAGGCUUUGGAUGCUGUUGGUGUUGGAGAUAUACUUCGACACAAACAUAUACAUCUUUAUGGGAAUGUGGCUACUUCUUUGAUUAAGGGGCAACAAAUAGCAACUACAUCUUUUAGGGAUAAAGAAAAGCUUGAACUGCGUUGUGUUAGAAGGAAAUUAUUGUUGGAAGCACUUGCCAGUGAGCUUCCAAGUGGUACCAUUAGGUAUUUAUCUAAAGUUGUUGCUGUUGAGGUAUCUGGCUUCUCUAAGGUACUUCAUCUUCAUGAUGGAACAACCAUCAAAACCAAGGUAUUGAUAGGGUGUGAUGGAGUGAACUCUGUGGUGGCAAAAUGGUUAGGCUUUAAGGAAGCCACUUAUACCGGGAGAUAUGCAAUCCGUGGUUGUGCAGAGUUAGAAAACCAUCACAAUUUUGAGCCUGUGCUUAUGCAUUUCUUUGGCAAAGGUUUUAGAGCUGGAGUUGUUCCAUGUGAUGAAAAAAUUGUUCACUGGUUUUUUACUUGGACUCCUACCAUCCAAGAUAAAGAGCUAAUAGAGAACCCUGCUAAACUAAAAGAGUAUGUGUUAAGCAAAUUAGAGAAGAUGCCAAAUGAUGUUAGAUAUUUCAUAGAAAAAACUGAAUUAGAUGCAUUUCAAUCAACUCCAUUGAGAUAUAGACAUCCUUGGGAGCUUAUAAUGGGAAAUAUUAGUAAAGACAAUGUUUGUGUGGUUGGAGAUGCUUUACAUCCUAUGACACCCGAUCUUGGCCAAGGGGGGUGUUGUGCUUUAGAGGAUGGGGUGGUUUUAGCAAGGUGUCUAGCUGAGGCUUUUUCCUACAAACCAAUGGAAGAAGAUGAACAAUUCAAAAGAAUUGAGGAAGAAUUGAAAAAAUAUGCAAAUGAAAGAAGAUGGAGAUGCAUUGAUCUUAUUGCUACAUCUUAUAUUGUUGGUUUUAUUCAGCAAGGUGAUUCAAAAUUGGUUACCUUUUUAAGGGACAAAAUUUUAGGUCCAUUACUAGCUGGUCAGUUAUUGAAGAAGACUAGUUUUAAUUGUGGUAAACUGAAUAGCCCUUAAUUAGGGACACAGUGUUGCAUUUCAUCUUGCCAUGUUAAUAAUGAACUCUGAGUAAUGCUAUGCUUUUGAUGCUA